UAAGUAAAAUCAAAUCCAGGUCCCCAGGGGUGACUGGAAGAAGGCUGCCUGGAACUUGCAGUCCCAACAGUCCUCAGAAAUACCCCUUCCAUUGUAAUCUACAGCACUGCUGAGGCAGGGCUGGGGCAUGAAAGAGCCCUUUCUAAGGUCUAAGGAGUAAUCAAAGGCAAAAUGAAGGCAAAAGGGAACCAAAUCAGCAUUCUCAGCCCUCUGAGACACACUGGCGUCUAAGCUGUUUGGUCUCCGCAGAGGACGUGGGUAAGCUCUUCUACCUGCUUGGCUUCCAGCUUUAACUCUGAGGAGUGUCAUUAACAUAAAACAUCCAGACUACAAGAAAGCAAAGCCCAGAAAGAGGUCAAGAUGGGGUUUAUAUUUUCAAAAUCUAUGAAUGAAAACAUGAAAAACCAACAGGAGUUCAUGCUUAUGAAUGCUCGACUUCAGCUGGAAAGGCAGCUAACAAUGCAGAAUGAAAUGAGGGAAAGACAAAUGGCCAUGCAGAUUGCUUGGUCCCGGGAAUUUCUCAAAUAUUUUGGAACAUUUUUUGGCAUUGCAGCCAUCUCUUUAACAGCUGGAGCACUAAAAAGGAAGAAGCCAGCCUUUCUCUUCCCUAUUGUUCCAUUAGGCUUUGUCCUUACCUACCAGUAUGAUUUGGGCUAUGGAACUCUUCUACAAAGAAUGAAAGGUGAAGCUGAGAACAUACUGGAAACAGAAAAGAGUAAGUUGCAGCUGCCAAAAGGAAUGAUCACUUUUGAAAGCCUUGAAAAAGCCAGAAGAGAACAGAGUAAAUUCUUCAUAGACAAAUGAAAUCAUGUUUACCCAUGAAAUAUCAAAACAAAGAAUUGUUGACUUGAAUCAUGGCUUUUACAAUUUUUUAAAUACUCAAGACUUUGAUAUAAUGGGUUUUAUUUUAAAAAAUUAAAAUGCAAGAUGAGUUUUGUUAAACUAUUUUAAAAUAAAAUUUAUAACAUUCAACACAAAAUCAUGGAGGUACUCUAAAUAACUAUCAGAUUUCCUACAUGUGUGUGUUACAAAUAUCUAAAUGUAAAAUUAAUAAACUGUAUUGUUUUGAAUUCCUGGAA